UGUACACAUGCGCUCUUCAUUUUUCAGAAUGGCAACUGGGGUACUCGGACGUAUUGCUCUUCGUCGUGCUUGUUUACUUGCAAGAGAUGCACAGAAAACGCCACAUAUAUGGAAGCAUUUAAGAACAAUCAGCGUAUCUGCAAAACUCUACGCUCAGAGAUAUUUCACAGAGAAGCACGAAUGGGUUGAUGAAGAAAAUGGUAAUGGAAAAGUAGGAAUAACAGACUAUGCACAGGAUGUUUGGUUUGUUUCAGGAUAAACUAGGAGAAGUAGUAUAUGUACAGUUACCAGAAAUUGGAACAGAAGUAGAAUUGGAUGGUGAAGCAGGUAUAUUAGAAAGUGUGAAAGCUGCUAGCGAAGUGUAUACACCAGUGUCAGGGGAAGUUAUAGAAGGAAACAAUGCUGUAGUAGAUAAUCCUAAACUUAUAAAUGAAUCUCCUUUUGAUGAAGGUUGGUUAUUUAAAGUCAGACUAAGUCGACCAGAAGAAUUAGAAGCUUUGAUGAAUGAAUCUUCAUACAAAAAAUAUUGUGAGACAUUGGAAUGAUAUUGUCAAAUAGUAGAAACCAUGUUAUGUACAGAUCUAAGGAAAAAUUGUGCUUUAUACUUUGUUACACAUUGAAUAUUUUUAUGAACCAUUACUGGACGAUUUAUAAUCUUGUUUAUUUUGAAAUAUAUGUACUUUCUGAAUUAUGAGAUAGCACUGACAGUUCCAACAUAACUUGCCUAUCUUUAUAUCAAUAUUAACAUCUUAAUUUGAAUAUAUUAAACGAAUUAUCCUUUUGAGGAACAAAGCUAUAAAAUAAAAUUUAAAUUUGGUUUAACCACUGACAACUCUGUAUUGUUUCAAUUUGUCCAAGUAAACAUUUAUUUUUGUAGGUAUAAAAUAUGUGGUUUUAUGAAAAAUUGUAUUUUUGAGGAUAUUUGAUUUUCUUGUUUAAACUUGUGUACAUGACCAUAGGAAAUUGUAUUUUGUUGAUUAUUUAACUGUAUGGUUAACUUUUGCUCACAAAGUCCAUGAAAAUUAAUACCCCACUAUUUAUGAUACAUUGACAGGAGUCACUUUGGUUUUACAUAAGCAAGGAAAAUAAUUUCUUCAAACCCCACGUUUCUGUUAAAUGAAACUGUAAGUUUUACCCUUGUCUGUCUGUACGUAUGUCCCAAAAUUGGUUUCCGUUCUCUAACUUUAGUUUUCCUCAACCAAAUGUUAUUAAACUUAUACACAAUGCUUAUUACCACAAGACACAGAUCAAGUUUGAAUUUUGGUGGCAUCACUUUUACUGUUCUAGAGUUAUGCCCCUUUACAAAUGGAAAAAUUGCUGAUUUUAUUGUUUUCGUUCUCUUAAGUUUGCCUCAACCAAAUGUUAUGAAACUUAUACAUAAUGCUUAUUACCAGAAAACUCAGAUCAAAUACAAAUUAGGGUAGCAUCACUUUUACCUUUCUUGAGUUAUGUCCCUUUAUAACAUUGUAAUGCAAGCGGGGGCAUCAUCUGUGUCCAUGUGGACACAUUCCCCAUUUAUUUUGAUAUGUUCCAAAAUAUAUCAAUGUGUAAAGCAAUAAUUUCUUUUCAUUCCAGGAGGAUAAUUAAUUUAUUUUCUCAUUGUUUUUUCUUGAAUGAACCCUCUUCUACUCUCAAAGAGGUCACAAUGAUAUAAAUGAAAGUGUUGACCUCAAGUCGAUACACCAUACAUCAUGUGAUGUAACUUUAUAAUAUUUUUUAUGUCUUGUAUUUUUUUCUUCAAUACACAUCUAGAGGCUUACUUCAUCUUUCUAUAGGGAUGUGAAAAAUGGAAGUCAAUUAAAAAUACUUGGUACUGCAGGUUUCAGAUAAGAGUCUGUAUCUCAUAUGAAUAAAUCACUGUGUGAAUUAGUGUACUUUAUAUAACUAUAUUAUUUUGUUCAUGGUUUAUGGAAUCAUCAUGAUUUAUAUGGGCAUUAGACAAUUUUCAGUGGUAUUUUGAUAAAAAAAAAAUGUAUGCAUUAAAUUUUAUAACAUUAAAACUGAGCAAUGGGACUAUACAACAUUUAGGAUAGUUUUAGAAAUGUCUUUGAGUUAGCUAAAUCAUCUGCAAGUUUUAUUUAACAAAAUGUGUCCUGCGGUACCUCAUCCUAUCAUGAUCUAUCAUAUUUGAUAUUGGGUGGUUCGAAUUUUAAGAAUAACUUGAUUUUGUUUUUAUAUUUAACCAUGAAACUUGCUUAGAGUUUCUUUUGACCAUAGUUGUCACUAGUCCAUGUGAUUGUAAUUAAAUGCAUGAAUUGUUACAAAGAUGAGUGAAGAACUACAAAAUAUACAAGAAAGAAGUGCCAUUGUUUUAUUUGUCCAAAUAUAUCUAUAAUAUUUGCUGCUGCAUUUAAACAACUACCAAUAAAUCUGUCAUUGUUUUACAUCUUUUGCAUGUGUACCAAUUCCAUUUUUGUUAUAGUGUGAGUAUAUGAUAUUAAAAUAGAAGAAUGUGUUGGAGAAAUAAAGUGACAUUUUUAAAUA